AUGGGUUCUAAUAGAAAUAUCAGCAACCACUUUUUCGCAGCUGUGAGCAUGGGCUCAGAACUUGAAUUGCGUGAAAUACUGGAGGCGGAAGGACGGGAAAUUACGAUCGAUGCAGCUCAAUCGUACAAUGAACAGGGGGAAACUCCGCUCCUGGUGGCCAUCCACCGCAAACACAUCGGCGUCGUCAAAUUCUUGGUCAGUGAACUGAAAGUCGACAUUGGUCAAAGCGGUAGAUUUGCUUGGAAAGGUCUUGAUCACUCCGCUAAUCCACCGCUAUUCGCGGCCAUCAUUUCCGGCCAAGUUGCCAUCGUCGACUACCUUAUUAGCGUCGAAAAUUUGGAUACACCGUCGAUCCCUAUGAGUUCCAUCAUGUCGAGCUCCAUCAGUCGACAAGAGAAGAUAGACGCGCUUGAACUGAUGGGUUCUGCCUACAUUUUCUACGGAGAAGAGACGGCCCGUGGAUUCGGACUGCCUUGCUGGAUGCAAGCCAUGACUCUUCGUCAGUCGACAACUAGAGGCCAGCCGGAGAUACCCAAGAAUCUCCAUCAUUCGUCAGAACUUGUUCGCAAAGCCAUGGGUGACGCUGUUGAGUUUAAUACGCCCCAGCAGUUGCACCUUUUGACCAACGAACCGCACAACCAGCUCAUUACUCAAGCUAAUAUCGUGAGCAACCGGAUUCUCAAGAAAAUCAGUCCCGGUACUAAUCCCUGUACUUGCACGCAAUUGCUGAAUUAUAGUCGACAUUACUGGACAGAGAAUGAGUACGGUCGUGUCAUUAGCAUUACCAUGCUCAUUUUGGAGUCGUUUGACCUGAGCGACGAGGAUCAGUACUUUGAUGGGAUGAAUGACAUCAUCAACAGCGCACUCACCAUCGUGUCCAACAGUUUGUUGAUGCUGCGGCGAGAGUCGGCAAACACCAGCGGCCAUGAAGAGCUUUCCUUUGCUAAUCUGAUGAAGGUCGUCGAUUUCGCUUUCACACAUUGUCGUUCACGGACGAAUGAGUCAUUUAGAGCCAGAACAAUGGACAGCAUGAACGAAUGGGCACUUUGGCCAGAGAACUACAUCGGCGAUUUGAUCGUUUUACUGCACGACAUGGACUUGAGCCAGCAGGAGAAACAUCUUUUCAGGAAGAGCAUUUUUCGCUUCAUUUCACUUGAUCACAGGAGCUCCUACCAGCGAAAUCUGCUGCACAUGAUUUGCUUGAUGCCAGUUAUCCCGAACGAUGUUAUUCAGCUCUUGCUUGAACUUGGAGCCGACCCCAAUGCGACCGACGAGGAUGGAAAUACGGCGCUUCACUUGCUGGCCAAGAAUCAGUGGACACAUUUCGAUACGAAUGCAGCUCGGAUCCUCAUGGACUUCGGAGGACAUCUCGACCAUGCCAAUAAAUUCGGUACCACCGUAACUGAACGACUCAAAUAUCGGAUGCGCUGUCUGAUCCGCCAGGGAAGUUUCGACGCUAGCUUGCAAGCCCUUAUCAAUCGCGUGCUUCCGCUGAGCUGCUGCAGUGCCCGAGUCAUCCGACAAAAUCAAAUUGACAUUCGAGCGCUUCCGCCCAGUCUGCAGGAAUUUGUCCGCCGACAUUAA